AUGAUCGGUGCCAUGCAAGUUGGUCCCGGGCAGCAGCAGAAACCCCCUCGGCCGUCUCCCAAUCCCUCCUCCAGCGGCGUUCCGCCUCGAGUUCCCGUAUCCGGCGCCCCAAACGCCCAAUUCCAAUCUGCACCGGUCUCGCGCCCUCUAAAUAACAAUAAGCCGCUCCCCGCGGGGCCCCAGCAGAAUCACCAUCACACGCAUCCAUUGCAUCCGUCGCCCCCUCCCCAGAACUACGGGUUCGGCCCUCCCCCGUCUCAACCAGUGCGCAAUCGCCCUCAGCCCACGUCGCGUCCUCCUCGAUCGCCCAAUCCGCCUCCGUUGGGGGUCCCCGAUGAUGAUCCGCAGCAGCUUUUUCCCUUGUUUCGCGCCGCCAACUCAUCCCACUCCGGGUCGCUCACCGAGAUGGAGCUGGGCUCCGCUCUAGUCAACGGGGACUACACUUCGUUUCACCCGCGGACCGUGAAGAUGAUGAUCCGCAUGUUCGAUCGUAAUAGCAGCGGGACCAUAUCCUUCGACGAAUUCGUGUCGCUGUGGCGCUACCUGGCCGCCUGGCGCGAGCUUUUCGACCGAUUCGACGUCGACCGCAGCGGUCGCAUCAGCUUGCAGGAGUUCGAGAAUGCGCUGACUGCCUUCGGUUACCGCCUGAGCCAGCCAUUUGUCACGGUGUUAUUCACAACUUUCGAGGCGAAGGGACGGCAGAUGAACGGGCCUCCCAAGGGUCCGCCUUCGACGGGGAUGAGUUUCGACUUGUUCGUGCAAGCGUGUAUUAGUUUGAGGCGCAUGACGGAUGCAUUUAAACGAUAUGAUGACGAUCGUGAUGGUUAUAUCACAGUGAGCUUCGAGGAGUUCUUGACGGAAAUUCUACAGUUACAGGACUAG